AUGCGACCACUUGCCUUUUUCUCCAAAGAACUCUUACCAGCUGAGACACGCUACAGUAGCUUUGGCCGUGAACUACUUGCCAUAUACCUGGCUGUGCAGCAUUUCCGGCAUUUCCUUGAAGGGCGGAACUUCAAUGUUUUCACUGACCACAAACCGUUGACUUUUGCACUUCGGUCCCACUCCGACAAGUACAAUCCGAGGGAAAUCGCCCAACUGGACUCCAUCUCCCAAUUCACCACCGAGAUCAGCCACAUUAAUGACACGAAGAAUGAGGUGGCUGAUAUGCCGCCCAGAACCUCACUGUGUUCCCUUCAACUCACACACGGGAUCGAUCUUUGCACCAUGGCGGCUGAACAACAGCGAGUCGGCUGUCCUGGCGACGAGUCUGUUAGUAGUAUCCAACUCAAAGACGUUCCUCUGACUACCGGCUCUGAUGCCAUACAUUGUGACGUCUCAACCCCCUUUCAUCGCUCUUUCGUGCCCACCUCGAUGAGUCGAGCUGUAUUUCAAAGUUUGCAUGAACUCUCCCACCCUGGGAUCCGAGCCUCUCAAAAGCUGCUCGUGGAAAGGUUUGUCUGGCCAAGCAUGAAAAAGGACGUCUAAUCUUGGGCCCCGUCGUGUCUGAGCUGCCAGCGAAACAAGGUGCAACGUCAUAAAAAGUCCCCACCAGGCACUUUCCCCUGCUCCGACGCACGGUUCAGCCAAGUGCACCUCGAUUUCGUAGGCCCUUGCCUCCAUCCAAUGGUUUUACCCACCUCCUUACCUGUGUCGAUCGGUAUAUCCGCUGGGCAGAAGCUAUUCCUUUGCCGAAUGUUCAGGUUGAAACUAUCAUGAAGGCCUUCGUCAGUCGUUGGGUCGCCAUGUUCGAUGCCCCGUCCACAAUUACGACUGGUCGUGGUGCCCAGGCGGUUACUUGA